UACGAAGCUUUGGAAAGGACAUAUACAAAGAUUUUUUAUAACUCCCAGUUGUAACUGGGAAUUAGCACUAAUUCCCAGUUGUAACUGUAAAUUAGCACUAAUUCCCAGUUGUAACUGGGAAUUAGUAUAAUUUACACUUACAACUGGGAAUUAUAAAAAAUCUUCCACACAUUUAUAAAUCCCAGUUGUAACUGGGAAUUAAGAAAAGGUAGGUAGUAGAGACACAACAAUUUCGUUGGUUCGGUUCGGGCCGAUCGUCGCGAGUUGAGGUCAUGAUCACCUAAUAAAAAUAACAUGAUUUUGUUUUAUGGUGGUUUCUAGAUAACCACUGGUGUUUUGUAUAACAUUUGCGGAAGUAUGGAGGGUGUGUCCGAUUUAUACUCUUAUAUUACAGUUUAUUUUUUAAUGGGUCUCAAGCAGUCGGAGAUCCUGGCAUUUUUAGCAGAUAAGCACAACAUUUUUAUAAGUGAACGUCACCUAAGAAGAAAGCUGCAUCAACUCAAGCUGUAUAGAAGGAAAUAUUACACGAAUGUUGAUGAAGUGAUAGCAUACAUUACGGAAAAUGUCAGAAAUCACGGGCAACUCCACGGGUAUCGUUGGAUGCAUCUGAAGUGCAUACAAAAUGGUUUUGUCGUAUCUCAAGAAGUAGUACGUUCAAUCUUACACAUUGUUGAUCCAGACGGAAUAGAAAUACGUAGAAGAAGAAGACUACGUCGAAGACAAUAUAAAAACAAAGGUCCUAACUUUUUAUGGCACAUUGAUUGCUACGAUAAAUUGAAACCUUUUGGUAUAUGUGUUAGCGGUUGUAUUGAUGGGUUUUCACGUAAAAUAGUAUGGCUCAAAGCUGGAAGAAAUAGCAAUGAUCCUCGUAUUAUAUGUGGUUAUUAUAUACAAAUUAUUAAAGACCUCGGAGGAUGUCCUCAAACUGUUCGUGCAGAUCUUGGUACCGAAAAUGGGAUCGUACGUCAAGUUCAAGUCCAUCUGAGAGAAUUGGGGGAGAAUCACACCCAUUAUAGCUUACCACCGUUUCUAUAUGGUACAAGUCCAAAUAAUCAAAGAAUCGAGGCCUGGUGGUCUAUAUUAAGGAAACAUCACUCACAAUAUUGGCUUAAUUUAUUUCAUAAAUUGAAAGAUGAUGGUUUAUAUUCAGGAAACUUCUUAGAUAAAUCCCUCAUUCAAUUCUGCUUUAUGAGUAUUAUCCAGAAAGAAUUGGAUACUGUAGCAAUGGAAUGGGAUUUACAUCAAAUAUCCAGGUCCAGAAAUGCAGUUUCACCCAUAGGAAAACCUUUUAUAAUGUAUAACAUCCCCGAGGUAUAUGGAACCAAGGAUUACUUAUGUAAUUUGAGUAGUGCAGAUAUAGGUGAUUAUGAAGAACAGUGUUUGUUUCAUAACUGUCCAUGUGAUGAUGAUUUUUAUGAACUGUGUGUCAUAAUAAUGAGUGAAAAUGGAUAUGUUAUGCCUAAAACUUCAACAGAUGCAGUUGAUUUAUAUUUAAAUUUAAGGCACCAAUUACUACCAUAUUUUGCCACUUAAUGCAUUUAGAGAAAAUUCUUGCGUUAUCAUUUUUAGAAAAUUUUAUCACUACCACAUGAUUUAUGUCUUCUUUGCAUUGUAGAGUUUAAGCAUCGGUAGAAAUUGGCGUUGAAGCAUCAUUGUUGCAUUGUAGCACAUUGCAUGUAAAAAUACUUUUUAUAAGUAAACCUUUUUGUAUAUGCGCAAAUAAAGACUAUUAUUUUUA